CGUGAGAGAUCAACAAAGCACUUGAAUGCGCGUGUGGCAACGGAACAUGCAGCCAUAAUUUAAAUAUCGGGUUGUUGUUAUUGCUCAAUUACUUAUAUUUUGAGUUAAAGCAUGUGCAGACUUCAGUCACAGAAACUUCUGGAUCGCUCUGCUGCGCUCUAGACGUCGCAGGCAGUCAGCUGGGCGUCAUCGUUCCUCUUGUUGUUGUGACGGCAUAAACCCGGUGAAGCUGAUCGGGGUUAAUUUUACCUAACGAAUCUAUAUAUACGUAUAACGGCGUAUAACAAGAAAACCUGCUGGCUUUUUCUUUACGAAGUCAUUCGGCAACGAUGGCAGUUCCAGUAGCUGCAUUACAACUGAACACAUCCUCCAGCCCGGGUCUGCUGGAGCACAACAUCCACAUCAGCGACAGAGAUUUGGGAAGGAUUUCAAGUGACAAUGAAAACAACACUUUGCCUUUACAUUCUCCGUGGACCUUCUGGCUUGAUAGAUCCCUCCCAGGAACAACGGCAGCUGAAUGUGAGUCAAACCUGAAGAAAAUCUACACCGUGGACACCGUCCAGAACUUUUGGAGAGUUUACAACAACAUACCCGGCGUCUCCAGCUUGCCAUUGAGAUGCAGCUAUCAUCUGAUGAGAGGAGAAAGAAAACCGCUCUGGGAAGAAGAAAGCAAUGCUAAAGGGGGUGUUUGGAAGAUGAAAGUACCAAAAGAAUGCACUUUUGCUGUAUGGAAGGAGUUGCUAUUGGCUUUUAUUGGAGAGCAAUUCAGUGACUAUUGUGCCUCAGACGAUGAAGUGGUCGGCGUCAGCGUCAGUGUGAGAGACAGAGAAGACGUGUUUCAGGUCUGGAACGGAAACGCUUCUUGUGCUAACGAGUCAAACAUUUUAGGAAGGAUCAAUGAGCUCCUUCCUCAAAUACCUUUCAAAGCAGUGUUUUACAAGCCACACGAGGAGCACCACGCUUUUGAGGGAGGUCGAAGACAUUAGCACAUUUUUGCACGUCAGAACGAUAUGUACAUGUUUUAUUGCUUACGAACAUGUUUUGGAUAAUAUUUGGGGACAUUUUGAAGCAAUUGAGUUCAUAGUUGCUUACUAAAUGAUCUUAUUUACCUAAAAAAUGUUGACCAUUACACUUUUCAAUCGAUUGAAUUUCCCAUCUGCAGAGCACUGCUGUCAUUCAUAAUAAUAUCCAAAUGUUUUAGUCGAAGGGAAAAACAUUUUAGUUUGAUUUUAUUUGCGGCAGUGUUUGUGUGUUUUAUACUUCAACGUUUUUUCAAAUCCUCAACCAAAACAACAGAUCAUCUACAUGCCAGAUUUUUUAGAUGUAUUAUAGCAUAUUUUGUGCCAUUUCCUGAGCACAGACAAAGCUAGGUCUUUGAAUUAAAUCUCAUUUUUAGAUCUAAGAGGAAGGUUAGUUCCACAAAGCAAACCUUUAUCUUAACAAUGGAAUACAAGGCUUUUCCAGUGAACUGUUUUCUCUGUUUUGUUUUGUCACAGCCAAAAUACUGUUGCCUAACAUAAAUAUUUAGUAUGCUGUAAUGCUAAUAUAUGAGCAGAAAGUUGCACAUUUUUUAUUUCUCCUUUUUAGGAUAUGAGCGGAUUGUAAAAGGAAUAGGUUACAAUAAAAUAACCUCAGUACACAAAUCAACAAGAGUAGAUGCUGAGACAUAUAUGCAAUAAUUUCUAUUCUGUAGAAUUUGCAGUGUUGUGGUUGUCAUUUUCGUAUCUGCCCCAAAUCAAGCACUUUUGUUUCUUACUGUGUGUGUGAGCUGUGAUAACUGAGACCAAAUCCACUUUGGUUUUGUGUCACCUUUUCUGGUGAAGUGUAAAGCUGUUCUUGUUUCUUUUUCUUGUUGUAACUUGAGAUGUGUAGGUGACAGAUGUUAUGUGAUAUGUUGUUUUUUUUAUCGAUUCAUCUGACCUGUGUUAAAUUGGAUUUUUGAAGCCUGCCCUUUCUUAGGGAAUAUUGGCCCCAGGAAAAAUGAACAAACACAUAAACAUACAUAAAUCUGUCACAGAGAGGGACACCAGAAGAAGAAGAAAAGAUGUGGCUCUAAAUGUCACUUUCUUGAGGGAUUACUCGGGGCCUAUUUCAGUGCAUUUGUGCAAAUCAUGGGUGUGAUGCAGCCACUGAAGCAGGGUCAAAUCUGAAACAAGCUAGUCAGAAAUGGUUUACUAUUGCUCCAGCAAAACAAAUUUUUGUCUCUCAAAUGUAUAGCUUUUAAGAUGUUUUCUGUGGUAAUGUAAAAUGCUGUAUUUGUAUUAUUGAAAAAACUUAAUCAUUUUAGAAAAAUAUGAGAAAUUUAGGAAGUUGAACCAUUAUACAUGAAAGGCACGUUUCCCCUGUUUGUGUGUGUGUGUGUGUGUGUGUACGAGAGUGAGUGAGGGUGACUAUUCUAUGCCGCAUAGAGCAGAGCAAGUACUAGUACUAUGAUACUGACACAGUUGAGGUCAUUUAUAUGUAGCUAUGGGGUAUGCAUUGAAACCCACAGAAGGACUGCUGCUAUGAUUUGUCAAUCAAAUCAAAUGAGUGUUUUCGAUGCUGGAGUCUUGCCUUUGAUUUGCUGCUAUAUUCACAGGAGGAGUUAGUUUUCAGACCUCCGACUUUGCCAAACUUCAUUGUCCCUUUUAUUCAGCUGUACUUCAUGUAAUAUAAGCACAUAAUGUAGGAUAAGAGAGUACUGUACCCUUGCACAUAUACAGUCUAUCAGUCGCUUCGGAUCUCAGAAUUUGUCACUGAUUGUUGAUCUUGGAUGGUGCCUUGUGUUUACCAGCAGUUUAGAAUGUCGCCUGUGUUCAGCAUGUUGAAAUUGUAUAUAGUCAUGAUUCUCGUUAGUUUAAAACGUGUUUGAAAAAUAAAGACGCCGAAACUACUAUUUCUUACUGUUUGGAAUACUUACUGUAUAUGUCUGAUGAGAAUAUCAAUAUUGCACUGAAUGAAAAGCAGCAUAUUACAUUGGACCUUUUAGACCAGUUGUUCUACAAAAGAUUUUCAGGUCUUUGUCCUCAGGCUGUUCAUUGUCAGUAAAUCCUUCAAGGUCUGCUGUUAGAUUCCAAGAUACACAAGCCUACAUGAAUUUGGUAAUUUUUCAUUUCUUCCAGGUAGAGUUUUGCAUUGAAUAAAAUGUAAGAUAAUAUAAAAUACAAAUUCGGGGGAGUUUUUUAUGCAGCAGAUAUUGCACAAAUUUUAAUAAAUGCAACUCUUUCUAUAGCCAACGGAACAACAUUGACGGUGGAUUUUAAACUGAGGCACUGAAUGGCAUUAAUAGGCUAAUGCCCUUAAUUUAAUGUAGGAAUAGGAGGCGACCAUUUAAUGGCGGCCAGAAGGAGAAUGUCUCCCUCUUGCGGUUGUGAAGGCAGAAUGAGAAUGUCUCCCUCUUCCCUCGUGAAGGCAGUCUUGUCCUUACAAUGACUGUAAUUGCACGUAAUUAUAUAAUUACAUAAAGAUAAGUAGUUAUUGCAGUAACCAAUGCUGCACUUGGAUCAGCUUGCCUUUCUAUACCAAACAUGUUCACAAUAUGGAGGAAAAUAUGUAUGAUGAGUGAUACAGGGAGACAUUUUUUUGCACAUCUGCCUU